CUUGCUCCGCCCCCAGGCUGCCAGUUCCGCCGCGGCACAGCGUUCUUACGGUUCGCUUAGGCCUGGAAAGAGCGCGCAGCGGAUUAUCUAGCGCAGGUCGCAACCAUGUCUGGCUGUCACGCUCAGGGAGACUGUUGCUCGCGGCCGUGCAGCGUGCAGGACAAGGAACACCCCAGAUUCCUGAUCCCAGAACUCUGCAAACAGUUUUACCAUCUGGGCUGGGUCACCGGCACCGGAGGAGGAAUUAGCUUGAAGCAUGGCAAUGAAAUCUACAUUGCUCCCUCGGGUGUGCAAAAGGAACGCAUUCAGCCAGAAGAUAUGUUUGUUUGUGACAUCAAUGAACAGGACAUAAGUGGACCUCCAGCAUCUAAGAUGCUCAGAAAAAGCCAGUGUACUCCUCUCUUCAUGAACGCCUAUACCAUGAGAGGAGCAGGCGCAGUGAUCCAUACCCACUCUAAAGCUGCUGUCUUGGCCACCCUCCUGUUUCCAGGACAGGAGUUUAAAAUUACACAUCAAGAGAUGAUCAAAGGAAUAAGGAAAUGUACCUCAGGAGGGUAUUACAGGUAUGAUGACAUAUUAGUGGUACCCAUUAUUGAGAACACUCCUGAAGAGAAAGACCUCAAAGAACGAAUGGCUCGUGCAAUGGACGAGUACCCAGACUCCUGUGCGGUGCUCGUCAGGCGUCACGGGGUGUACGUGUGGGGAGAGACGUGGGAGAAAGCAAAAACCAUGUGCGAGUGUUAUGACUACCUGUUUGACAUUGCUGUCUCUAUGAAGAAGAUGGGAAUGGAUCCAACGCAGUUCCCAGUUGGAGAAAAUGGAAUUGUGUGAGCCAAGUCUAAGUAUCUUCAAGGAUAAAACAAACUUAAUUACACCUUAAAUAAAACUUGACUGCUUUUAAAUGAGUUGG